GUAAAAACUCGGAAGUUGCUAAUUGAUCAACUUCAUCUUCAGCAGGUUGACUGUGGUUGUGGCUAUGGACUGGAUCGGGUUCAGUUACGCUGCUCUGGUGUCAGCAGGAGGAAUUGUUGGUUAUAUGAAAGCAGGCAGCGUCACCUCCCUGGUUGCAGGGCUCCUGUUUGGCCUGUUGGCUGCAGUCGGUGCUUAUCUGGCAUCUCAAAAUCCCAAGAAUGUCUGGCUUUCACUAGGAAAUGCAGCCACCUCAGGAACUCUGGCCGUAGUGAUGGGACUGAGGUUUCUCAACUCCUGGAAGUUCAUGCCAGCUGGUUUAAUGACUUUAGUCAGUGGACUGAUGAUGGCAAAGAUCAUCACUGGAAUGCUACAGAGGCCACACAAAUCCUGAAAAUACCGGCACGUAUCUUAUGUGCCUGUAAAUAUUUUCAACCUUAGCAGUCUGUAUGGUUCAAUAUAAAACUUGAUUUUAUAGGAAAAGUUCAUUGUACAACAAAACUGUUUUACUUUUCUAACAUUUGAAAAAAGAUCCUGUCUCUUUGAAAAUCCACAGCAAGAGUAAUGAAUUGUUUUUCUGUGUAAAAUAUAUGGGGCCCACUUUGCUAAAUGUAUCCAGUUAGAAGGAUUAUCCUUAUUCAUCUGUACAAUUCCAAACAGUAUUUAAUAGCAGGGAAAAUAUAAAAACAACAAAGUGGUAAAAGACAAAAGAAAGAAAGAGGAGAUAAAGAAAAAACUAUGCAAGCAAUCAUGCCUUAUUGAAGUGGGAAUGACACAAACACCCUCAAGAACUAAAAACAGUGUUGAUGUUUGUUUUUUUUAAGAAGCAAAACUUUGCUCAGUCAGGUUUUGGUACCACUCACACCUCCUCUUCUCACUGGAGCACAAGAAAAGGGAGUAAUUCUUGGUUGGAGAACAUCCUGUGAUGCCUGAUGUCUUUUCAACCUUUCAGCAUUCACAUACUUUUCAAGUUUAACUAUGUUGUUUUCUCUUUACUCAACAGAUUAUAUAUUACAAACGGUGCUGACAGCCUGAUAACAGUGUUUUAUACAAGAGAAAUGACAGCAGUCAUUUUUUUACCUAUCUGUAUUGAAGGCCCUGUUGAAGUCAUCUACCAUGUUUAUGAAUAUAGCACAGUCCCUGUAAUAUCUGAGAUGUCAUGUUUCUGAUGACUGACUCAGGGAACAACUCGUUUCUGCAGAAACGAAGGCCGAGACAUGAUGACUCAAACUGAGCCAAAUAAUUCUCACAUCCCCAAUGGUAAUGAAAUGACAUUGCA